AUGUGCACAGAAUGUAUAAGUGAUCAUUAUGGACACAAGUUCUUUAAAUAUGAACAUUCUGGUAUUGAGUAAAUGCUUAAAUUAGUUUCUUUAUAACUUAAUAGAGUUGGGAGAAUCCAAUCGAAACUAAGGAGUCAAUAUGAGACUCUGGAAAAGUAGAUAAAAGAUUUCGAUGAUUGUAAGGAGAAAUUAGAAGUUGAUAACAUAAAAUUGAUAUAAUAAAUUGAUGAUUAAUUUGAUAGAAUAGUUGAAAAGUGUGAGAGAAGGAGAAAAGAAUUGAAAGAUAAUUUGCUAAAAAUGUUCAACUCAGAAAGUGAAUAGAUAGAAUCGAAUUUAGUAAUGAACCAAUCCUUAUUAACUGAUAUGGCUCUCUUAUUAUAGAAAUUAGAGUCAAAGUAUAAUGAAUUAAAGACUACAAAAGUAUUUAAAGGGAAUGAUCCCAUUAAGGAGAUUAAUGAUUUAGAUGAAUCUGUUGAUAGAGACAUCGCUCAACUAAAAUUAUUGAAAGGAAGUGAAUUAAAAAUACUACCCAAAUUAUAUUUUGAGUAAAAACUGAUAAUUGACAUUAUCAAAUAUGGUCAGUUCAAGAAUGAACUCUAAAAUCCUUAGAUUUGUUAUUUUGGAGAGAAGCAUAAAAUUUUAGUUUACAACAUUGAGAAAAAUGAUUGGUAAUAUAGAUAGAUGGCAAAUAAUACAUUUGAUUACAAUUAUUACGCUGCUGCUGCAAGUUUGCCUAACGGAGACAUCAUAAUGACUGGAGGUGGAGUUAGUAGAAAUGUUAUGUUGAUUUCUCCAUCUAAAGGAUUUUCAUAGUAGGCUUUGAAGAGUAUGUACUAUCCCAGAAAAGAACAUGCUUGUGUUUAUCUGGAUGGACAUGUUUAUGCAAUCGGAGGUUAUGAUGGUACAACAAAGCAGAUGUUAUCCUGUUGUGAGAAGUAUAGUUUGGUUGCAGAUGAAUGGAAGAUGAUCGAUCCACUAUAAAAGUAGAAGUGUGCAUUUGCUGCUGCUACUGCCUUAAAUAAAUAUAUUUAUGUGUUUGGAGGAUUUGAUGGAAGAGAGAGGCAAAACACCAUUGAGAGAUUUUCUGUAAAAGAUAAUCAAUGGAAGGUCUUAGAAUUCAAAUUCAAGUAAGGAUUUAGUAAUGCAGCAGCACUCUCUUAUGAUGAUAAUUCAAUUCUCAUUUUAGGAGGAGGAUCUAAUCAAGGCUUUAGCAAUAGUUUACAAGUCUUUGACACAAGCAAUCAAACAAUUAGGAUUAUUAGUAUGAUGACAGAAGGGAGAGACUUGAGAAAUAAACUAAUCCUCUAUAACAAUUACUUAUAUGCAUGUGGUGGCAAUACCAGUUCUAUUGAAAAAUUUUCCAUCUCCCAAUAGUCCUGGACUAAUUUGAAAAGUUAUGAUUACUUAGUGUAAGAUAACUUGGAUUCUUGGUGUAGUGCCUUCACUUUUGAUACUAAUGAUUCGUAUUCUGCAUCAAAUUUGAUGAAAAAAUGUUAAUCUAAAGAGUUAUAAUAAAAUUAACAAUAUAAAGAAUAAGUUAUGUUUGAGAAUGAUUCGUUUAAUCAGGAUGGAAUGAGUGAUGUAUCGGAUAGCUAAUUUUAUGGCAAUCAAAGUCAGGUUUAGUAGAAUGAUUGGUAUUGA